AUGUCGUUCCCCGCCAGCGUCCCAACAUUGCGGUCCAUCAAGAACAAGGGCGGCCGGCCCAGAAAGAUCGCUGCAGGCGAAGAAGCCGCCGAUGCUGCUGGGAAUGCGCAAGCUACCGAGUCAUAUGGAGGAGCGAGCGGCAAAGAUGGUUUGAGGGAGCUGGGCGGGGUUGAGCUGGAGUUCGGAGCGGAAGGGGGAGCGCGGGUCGAGCGGAGAGGGAAAGGCUGGAGUUGGGGGUACGUAUCGGAGCAUCAAGAUGAUAUCGAGUUUGGUCUAGGCAAGCCGGCAAUGCUCGUUCCGCCAACUCGGCUACUGCCUGCGGCUCCAUUGACGGCCCGACCGAGUACAGCCCAAUCGCUCGAGUACGCCCGUCAGAUCUGCGACAAGUACGAGCACCUGGGACUGGAAGACCUUAUCACCGAGGAGCUGGAAAUGGCGCACAAGCAGGGAGCGUACGAUCCCUUCCUCGGCAGGCAGAUGGUAUCGCAACGGAACCCGUUCCCGAAGCUGGCGCGGAAUGUGGUAUUGUAUACAGGCGGAGAGCUAGGGAACGAGCUAUAUAUGGCGACCGUCUUAGGCGACACGGACAAGCAUGUCAAAAAUGCCAGACUCAACCGAUUCAUACCCUCAUCGACUCCCGUCGAGCGAUAUUCAACUCGAAUUCUACAGAUCGCGUCAUCCCCCCUGGUCUCGCUGUACCGGGACGACCUACACGCCACCUGCCUACUGGUCCGCCAACAUUCGUCCUUGAUGGCAUACCGCCUGACCCCGAACCCCUCGUACAGCCCUGCCAACCCCUCCUCCUCGUCAAUGGCGCUAGUCAAAAUGGGCGAAAUACGGCCGAAGGAGGUGGGCGGGCGAAGGGUGGUGGACGCUGUGCUGGAUCCGGAGGUAUGGGGAUGCGCGGCGGUGGUGGAUGAGUCUGGCGGGGUAUGGAUGUGGGGAUGGAAGAGGGGUUCAACGGCGGGCACGGGGACGAUGGAGCUGACUAUGAUCCGACAGGCAGUGACAACGGAGAAGAACAACUUCUUUCGGAUAGCGUAUGGACCGCAGGCAGGGUCUCUGCUUGUCAUGUCCGCCUCCGAGGCAUAUACGGUCGAUGUUGAGGAUCCCGAUCAGCCCCAACGCAAGAUCGUGACCUUGCCCCCAGAUCGCCUAUUCACUGCAAUCGACACUACUGCCUCCGGCCGGCAAUGCACCUACACCUGCCUCGCUACUACUCGCCAGAUCCUCUGGAUUGACGAGGAUCGGCCCGAAAGCAAUCCUGUAAUGAGCUGGAAACAUGAGCUCUCGGAGGGAGAACUGCGGGAUAUUCAGAUCACCCACUUGACGCGGGACGAUAGUGACUGCUAUGUCUUGACGUCCCGCUCCUGUCCGGCCAUUCUCGUCUUUCACGUAUCUAACCACGGCGCCCUCCGAUUCCUGCAUCCUCCACAUACUCUUUCGCUACCGAUUGACGCGAGGCGGAAACCGCUCGCAGACGUGAUCUUUGUCGACCGGAAUGUCGAGAAGACCGAUCUGGGCGAGACAUCACCUCUUCUCAUCGCGCUGGCAACGGACGGGUCUAUCUGGAGUGCGGAGAUCGCGGCUGGUACCGCAGAGGAGGGGGAAGGGGAAACCGGGCGAUUCCGGGCGGUGUGGGAUGCGGAGCUUCAAGCGGAAGCGGACAAGGCGAGUCAUGAACUCGCGGCGGUGAAAGUCAAUGAGAAGGGCGAAACGAGCUAUACGAUCUUUGACGCUCGGUGGGCUUGGCUUGCGAUCAACAAAGAUACCACGCCCGAGGAGGAUGACCCAAUCUUCAACGCGGAUGAGUUUGGGCGAUAUCUCCGCGAGAUCGACGCGCCAUUUGACCACUUUGUCACUGCCGCUGAGCUUGCUCGUGAUUCCGUGCUGGCCGAAGGCGAGCCUAAGCGAUCUCAUCUCCUCCGACCCCUCCCCCUUCUCCUGCUGGUUGAGACAGAAACGGUCAAUCUUUCAUCCCUCGACUACACUCGGGACCUACACAUCGUUCACACUCACACUAUCCCCUCCUCAGCAGUCGACACACACCUCAGCAACACCGAUGGCGGUCCCAUGACUUCCCUUUCGGCCAUACUCGAGACGCUGCGGACUGCCUAUCCUGAGCGAGCGGACACGCAAGCCGCCAAAAGUCGACAUCGGAAGGCCGUCGAGGCGCUCGCUGUGGAUCUGGCUCUGUCCACGGCGGUACUAUCCUCCGAGGCUGUAGCUAUCUUGGCGGAGGAAGAAGCGCAAGCAGAGAGGAAUGCGGAUGACGAGAUGCUCGCCCGGGCAGCUGGGCUGUCUCUGAGCGAGGCGGGGCCGCCUGCGGUCACUUUCAGCGUACUCAAGCCCCGUCUUCCGGCCGAAGACGUUGAAGACGAGGCGGAUGGAGAGGCGGUACCCCAUCCCCUUCUCGGCUCGAUCCAGCAGCCGACUGCCCGGUCCCUUCUCGCCGAAUGGACAAUCUCCCCUCCAUCCUCAUAUACCUGGCGACCGUGGCUAUCACCUCCCGAGGGGGAUGCCGGCACGCAUCCUCCGGCCCACCUCACCAUUGUCGCGCCUACGGCUCAACGGCCAAUCCGGCCCCUACCCUCUCCCCGCUCAUCGCGCCCCGGCUCCCCCAAUGCCAAUCUCGCCGCGGCGCCCAAAUCCUUCUCUCAGCCCGCCGCUCCUCGCAGAGAUGCGCCUCCCAUCAUUGCGCAAUCUCAGCCGGCGUUACAAGGCUGGAAUCAGCCCCGAAGGAAGCCGGGAAGUGUGUCGGCUUUUGCCAAUUCCGGCUUUGGGCCGAGAGGAUCGUCACCUCUAGCGGAGGAGCGUGGCCGAGGUCGGGACAGUAUCGGAGGGGAGCAAGGGGGAGGGGAGGGGAGUCAGGGUCUGGGGCUGAGCCAGAGUCUGGUGGCGACACAAGUCGAGAGAGGACCGUUUGGGGGGAGAGGAGGGGAGAAGAAGAAGAAGGUCAAAAAGCGGGUGGGCGGCUUCUAG